GACCAGAAUCUAAUCGUUUUAUCUCAGGGCUUAAUAACAUGUAUUUCAACUUUAUGAAUAGAUCGGAAUUUAUAAAACCAAUUAGAAACAUAUUAAAUGGUUAUAAAAAAUAUACUAAGCAAGAAUUUGUUUCACAAUUUGGAGACUAUAAAUAUUAUUAUAAUUUUGAUCACUUAGGUUAUAGAUCAAUUAUAAGAAGAGUAGCACCUUAUAAUGUAGAAGAAGAUGAUUUUAUAAAUUUAAAUAAUUAUGAUAGAGAAGAAGAACUUUAUAUAGAGGAUUUUGCAAUGAGUCCUUCAUUAAAAAUUAUGGCAUAUAAAAUUAAUUUACUAUCUGGAUUUUUGAAAAUAAAAUUUAAAUAUUUGAAUGGAAAAGAUUUAAAAGAUGAAUUGUCUAUUAAUUCAAAAACAGAUUAUGCUUUUGUUUUAAAUGACGCAGGUUUUAUUUAUUCUAAUUACCCAACAAAACUUACUUCAAAUGGAGAACAAGAAGUGGAUAUCAGUAGUCAAAUAUUAUUUUAUCAUAAAUUUGGAACAAGUCAAUCUGUUGAUAAACAAAUAUUUCUAAUUGACUUUUUAGAAGAAACCACUAUGACGGCAAAAUUAUCAGAUGCUGGAAAUUUGUUACUUAUAAAAAUACAAAUGAAUUUAAAUGAUACAACUGCUUAUUAUUUUUCUGAUCUUACAAAUGUACGUGAUAUUGCGCAUGAUAUAAUACCUAAUCAUCUGAUUGGUAAAUUUGAUGCAAACUAUGAAUAUUGUUUUACUAUUGGAGAUUUUGCUGUAUUUUUCGUGAAAAAAUUUGGCAUGAAAAGUAGUGUUGUGGUAACAAGAAUUCAAAGUUCAGAGAAUACUGUUGAUACUGCUGAAAUAAUUUUAGAGGAAGAAGAAGGUUUAAAAAUUAAAAAUGUUUAUUCUGUUGGAAAAGAUUUUUUCGUAAUAAUUGUUGUCAAAAAAUCACAAUAUUUUUUGAAACUUUAUAAUAAAAAAGCUCUAACGUUGUUAAAAGAUAUAGAUGUUGGUCCAGGAGUCAUUGAACAUGCACAAGCACAUAUAAGUACUAAUUAUCUUAUCUAUUCAUUUAAUAAUAUAGUUAUGCCAAAUGCUAUAUAUAGAUAUAAUUUUGAAAAUGUUUUAAACAAAGGAGUAAAUGAAAUAAUAAAAGAAACAUUGUUUAAAACUGAAUUUUAUGAACUUUUUGUUGAUGACUUUACUAUAAAAACAGAAUAUUUUAAAACUAAAGGUUGUAAAAGUAUACCUAUGAUAAUGAUUCACAAUAAAAAUUUAAACAAAAAUAAAAAUAAUCCUGUAAUUGUAGAAGCUUAUGGUGAUUUAAGUGCUGCAUGGCAUCCCCAAAAGUCAUUGGCUAAAAUGUUUUUUGUGAAAGAAUUUGGUGGUAUUUGGUGUAUUCCUGGUAUAAGAGGUAUAGAAGGUUUAGGUAAAAAGUGGACUUCAGACGGAAAAGAACUAAAAAGAAAAAACAGUUUUGAUGAUUUUAUUUAUGCUAUAAAACAUUUAAUCAAA